AUGAUCGAUUCGAUAAAUUGCAAAUAUUUUGAAGGAAGUGUAUGUAAAACGUGUGAAGAUGGUAAUUACAAAGACGUAAAAGAUGGUUGUAUUGAAUAUAGCUCAAAAGGCUGUUUGCGAUGUAAUGGUGGUUUUUAUUUAAUGAAUUCUGUUUGUGUACAAUGUGAAUAUCCAUGCACUCAAUGCUCUAAUAUAACGUAUUGCACAAAAUGUGAUGCAUAUUCAUACACUAAAAAUGGCUUAUGUUUCCAAAUAAAUGAAAUUUUAAGUGUAUGUGGUGUGAUGAUGUCGACAUACGAUGGGUGUGUUGCAUGUAAAGAUGGGUAUAUGCGAUCUUCGGAUGGCAAGCAAUGUGUGAAGUGUGAUGUUUCUUGUCAAACAUGUUCAAACGAUGGUAAUUGUAUUCUUUGCAGUGAAGACUAUUUCAGAACACCAAAUAACAACACAAAGUUGUGUAAUUCAUACAACCAACUUUUUAACUGUUUAAAUAAAACAACGAGUGGGUGCAUCACUUGUGAAUUUGGAUUUGCUUUAAUUAAUAAUUUGUGUUACAAAUGUGACGAAAAUUGUACUAUUUGUGAUUCCACUUUGGAGUGCACAGAAUGUGCAGAAAACAACAUUUUAUAUGAUAAAAAAUGUGUACAUUAUACAACUAUAUCCCACUGUAUAUCAGCAAACAACUCGAAAUGUGUGUCCUGUGAAAAUGGAUUUAAAUUAAAUAAUGAUGGAAUUCUAUGUGGUAAAAGUGUGAAUUAUGCUUUAAUUGUUGGACUCUCAGUUGCUUGUGUAGUUUGUAUAUUAUUUAUAAUUGUUACUAUAAUUAUAACAUUUAUUAUUAUUUACACCAAAAGACAAGAAAAUAAAAAACAAAAGACGGUCUGUGUUUUUAAGGGUUUCUUGAGGAUAAGGUGUAUCCUCAGGAUUAAAACUAUCCUUAUUAAAAAAUAUUUUUCUGAGGAUACAAAAAUCAAAUUAUUAAGGUUCAGUUCCCCAUAA